CAUUAGGGUUUCGCUGUAGGUUGUUAAAUAGUGAUAACCAUGCAAAAACAACACACGCUUUCUUCUGGCUUUCAUCCCAAACACCUGCUUUCACACCUCUUCUUCAAUGGAUCGUAAACACCUUAAACAAUCAGUCAGCAACCAAACCGACGUAUCCACCACACUCGCAACCCACCUUCUCUCCAAGAAACACGACAAGAACGUUGUCUUCUCUCCCCUUUCCAUCCAUGUCGCCCUGAGCGUGUUAGCCGCCGGUUCCAAAGGUCAAACACUCGACCAACUCCUCGCUUUCCUCAAAACAAAUACCACUGAUAACCUCAACUCUCUUUAUUCGCAGCUUGUGCCCUCAAUCUUCCCCGAAGCGAGGCCAAGAGGCGGACCUGGACCUCGAGUCUCUUUUGCCAACGGGUUUUGGGUUGACAAAACCCUUUCUCUUAAACCUACUUUCAAACAGGUUGUGGACACUGUUUAUAAAUCCGAAUGCAAUCAAGUCGAUUUCCACAACAAGGUUGAUUUUAAUUUCUUCAUAUUGGUCUUGUUUUAUUAACUUUAGUUUGAUGUAGUUAACAUAUUAUAUAUUGAUUCACGAAAGGCGGCUGAGGUGGCUGAUGAGCUGAAUUCAUGGGCGGAAGAGAAAACAAAUGGCCUUAUUAAACAGGUUAUUACUGCGGAUGAAAUUAGCAAUGUCACAUGGCUCGUCUUUGCAAAUGCAAUCUACUUCAAGGGACUAUGGAGGGAUAAGUUUAAACCAAAGAAUACAAAGGAAUACGACUUCCACCUCCUUAAUGGCAACAAAGUUCAAGUUCCGUUCAUGACCAACUUUGCAUUAAAAUCCGUGGGUGUAUACGAUGAUUUCAAGGUGCUGCGCCUUCCCUAUUUACAAGGUCGCAAUCAACAAGAGUUCUCUAUGUACUUUUUCCUCCCUAAUGCAAAAGACGGCCUUCAAUCUUUAGUACAGAAAAUCGGUUCCAUGCCUGAUUUUAUUGACCGUCACAUCCCACAUAAUGAUCGUGUAAUAGUCCCGCGGUUUUUGAUACCAGUGUUUAAGAUCUCAUUUGGGUUGGAAGUUUCUGAUAUGUUGAAGGAACUAGGCCUUGUAUUGCCUUUCAAUGGUGGAGAUGGUUUGAGCGAAAUGGUUGACUCAUCUGAUGGUCAAGGCAUUUAUGUUUCAAGGAUCAUCCAAAAAUCUUUUGUGGAGGUGAAUGAAGAAGGUACAGAAGCCAUAGCCUAUAUUGAGGAGCAGGCGCACGGUCGUGCGCGAAAUCCUCCGGAAUAUGAUAAGGUGGAUUUUGUGGCAGAUCACCCGUUCUUGUUUGUGAUUAAAGAGGAUGUGACUGGGGUCGUGUUGUUUAUGGGACAGGUGGUUGACCCUCGAGUUGAUUGAUA